CGGUUCCCGGAAGCAGAGGAGGGGGCGGCGCUGCCGGGGCCGGGAUGGAGGAGGACGAGCUGGAGCUGGCCGACGAGCUGGAGGCCGCCUUGCAGCUGGCGCCCGAGGUGCAGCAGGCCAUCGAGCAGGUAUUUCCCAGUCAAGAUCCACUGGACAGAGCGGACUUCAAUGCGGUGGAAUACAUCAACACGCUUUUCCCGACAGAGCAGUCCUUGGCCAGCAUUGACGACGUGGUCAACAAAAUCAGGCUGAAAAUCAGACGUUUGGACGAUAAUAUUCGGAUUGUCGUGAGAGGGCAAACCAACGUUGGCCAGGAUGGCCGUGAGGCCCUUGAAGAAGCCCAGAAAGCUAUUCAGCAGCUCUUUGGUAAAAUUAAAGACAUCAAGGACAAAGCGGAAAAAUCAGAGCAGAUGGUUAAAGAAAUCACCCGCGACAUCAAGCAGCUGGACCAUGCCAAACGCCACCUGACCACCUCCAUCACAACGCUGAACCAUCUCCACAUGCUGGCCGGUGGUGUCGAUUCACUUGAGGCCAUGACCAGGAGGAGGCAAUACGGGGAGGUGGCCAACCUUCUACAGGGCGUUGUGAAUGUGCUGGAGCACUUCAGCAAAUAUAUGGCGAUCCUGCAGAUCCGGCAGCUUUCGGAAAGGGUGAGGGCUGCCCAGAAUGAGCUGGGGCAGCAGAUCCUGGCAGACUUCGAAGAAGCCUUUCCUUCCCAAGGCACGAAGCGGGCCGGAGGGCCCAGCAACGUCCUGCGGGACGCGUGUCUGGUCGCAAACGUCCUGGACCCCCGGAUCAAGCAGGAGAUCAUCAAGAAGUUCAUCAAGCAGCACCUGUCGGAGUACCUCGUGCUCUUUCAAGAGAACCAAGAUGUUGCCUGGCUGGAUAAGGUCGACCGACGCUACGCUUGGGUCAAGCGCCAGCUGGUGGACUACGAGGAGAAAUACGGACACAUGUUUCCCCAGGAAUGGUGCAUGACGGAGCGGAUUGCCGUGGACUUCUGCCACAUCACGAGGACGGAGCUCGCCAAGAUCAUGCGCACACGGGCCCGGGAGAUCGAAGUGAAGCUGCUUCUCUUCGCCAUCCAGAGGACGACCAACUUCGAGGGGCUGCUGGCCAAGCGCUUCUCUGGCUGCACCCUCUCUGACACAGUGGCGAAGAAAACUGACCCUGCCCCAGCUGUCUCCACCAACCCCUUCCUGGAAGACGAAAGCAUCCUAGAGGCGGAUGAAGCCACGUCCGAAAAGGUAGAUGUUGAAAAGCCCAAAAGGCCAAAGGUUCCGGAUAAUCCAUUCCACGGAAUUAUUUCCAAGUGCUUUGAGCCGCAUCUUUAUGUGUACAUCGAAUCCCAGGACAAGAACCUCAGCGAGCUGAUCGACCGCUUUGUGGGGGACUUCCGGGCCCAGGGCCCGCCCAAGCCCAACAUCGACGAGGGGGGGGCCGUCCUGCCCAGCUGCGCCGACCUCUUUGUCUACUACAAGAAAUGCAUGGUGCAGUGUUCCCAGCUCAGCACCGGCGAGCCGAUGAUCGCCCUGACCACCAUUUUCCAGAAGUACCUCCGGGAGUACGCCUGGAAGAUCCUUUCGGGAAACUUGCCCAAGACGAGCGGCGGCGGCGGCGGGGGGCUCACCAUCACCAGCCUGCUCAAGGAGAAGGAGGGCUCGGAGGUGGCCAAGUUCACCCUGGAGGAGCUGUGCUUGAUCUGCAGCAUCUUGAGCACGGCCGAGUACUGCCUGGCGACCACCCAACAGCUGGAAGAAAAGCUCAAGGAGAAGGUGGAUGUCGGCCUCAUGGAGAGGAUUAACCUGAUGGGGGAGAUGGAUACGUUCAGCAUAGUGAUCUCGAACAGCAUCCAGCUGCUGGUGCAGGAUUUGGACGGGGCCUGUGAUCCGGCGCUCACCGCCAUGAGCAAGAUGCAGUGGCAGAACGUGGAACACGUGGGCGACCAGAGCCCGUACGUCACCUCGGUGAUCCUGCACAUCAAGCAGAACGUGCCCGUCAUCCGCGACAACCUGGCCUCCACGCGCAAAUACUUCACCCAGUUCUGCAUCAAGUUUGCCAAUGCCUUCAUUCCCAAGUUUAUUAAUCAUCUCUUCAAGUGUAAGCCCAUCAGCAUGGUGGGGGCUGAACAGCUGCUGCUGGACACCCACUCGCUGAAGAUGGUGCUCCUGGAACUGCCCUCCAUCGGCUCCCAGGUCGUGCGGACGGCGCCGGCCAGCUACACCAAGAUCGUGGUCAAGGGCAUGACCCGCGCGGAGAUGAUCCUCAAGGUGGUGAUGGCCCCACACGAGCCCCCAGUGGUGUUUGCAGACAACUACAUCAAGCUGCUGGCCGACUGCAACACCGACACCUUCCAGAAGGUCCUGGAUAUGAAGGGCCUCAAGCGGAGCGAGCAGAGCGGCAUGCUGGAAAUCUUCCGCCAGAGGCUCCCGGCCCCCCUCUCUGGGACCGACACCACGGGCUCCGUCUCCCAGGCGGCCCCCACGCCGGAGCAGGAGUCGUCGCGCAUCCGGAAGCUGGAGAAACUCAUCAAGAAGAGACUGUAGGGUCGCGCCAUUCCCCCCCCCCCCCCAUGGUGGGGCGUCCUCCUCCUGGGGUCUGUCCCACGUUGGGCUGCAGGGAGAUGGAUCUUGCCCGCAUCGGACCCCCCCCUUCCCCGUGGCCACCCAUGCCCAGAGAACCUUCUCACCUGGACUCACCCAUCUAGCCCCGCAUGGCAGCUUGAUCCGGGGGCAGGGGGGGUCCUGCCACCCUGCACUCGCCCACCACCCAAAAAGUGCAUCCGGGCGUCCAUUGCCCUUUGCAGAUCGCCUGCUCCCGUGCUUCAUAUUUCUGCCCCCGACGAUUUCUUCUGGCCCACCCGCUUCUGCCCCGUCUCCCUGUCUGGCUGGCCUGGCCACCUAGGUGAACGGAAAGCGGGCGUGGGGUGGGUUCCAUGGCUCUGACUUCUCCCCGCGGCCACAAUCGCAGGCUUCCCGCUUCCGGACACACUUCGAGCACAUUCAGAAGACAGGUGCUCCUCUUUGACGGUUCUUCUUUGACGGUUCCUUUCCUCGUUACUGUAGACACGCUUCCCCUCCUCCAUGGGAGGACAUGAGGCAGAAAGAAAUGGGGGCGAGUUGGGACGGGGCGACGCUCGAGGCAGGGGCGGUGAGUGGGUGCGGGGAUCCCGCUUUGGAUUCCUCCAGCCACCUUCCGUCGUGUCGUCCCGCCCCUCAGCCGCUUCUCUCAUUUUCAUGGGGGGCUUCCCCCUUUGGUGGGGGGCUUCCUUUCUGCUUGGACCCCGGUAAUCCGAACCGACAUUGCUUCCCAUUCGCUUUACACGAGCGAACCUGGACGGCAUCGGCGUAAAAGGUCUGCUGUUUAAAUGCUCACGGCUGCCAUGUUGGAUUUCCAAAAGAGGUCCCAAAGAGCCGCCUGCUGCUUGUCCCUGCGGGUGUCCAGGUGCCGUGUGGGUUUCUUAAAAAGCAGGCUUUGUCCUGCCCCACAAACACUCCUGGUUCCUCUCCCCAUAACUGACUCUGCUGCAAAGGGAAUGAAACCAAGCCACCGCGUUUCGGCGACUUCAGGCUCUUCGCCCCGUCUCCGAGGUCUGUAUCUUUCCGCCCCACUGCAGACGUGUCCAAAAUGGACCUCUGCCACGGAGCUCUGAUUCCUCCCUUUACAAGAGGCUUCCCCGAGUCUUGGCUCCCACCCUCCACACCUUUCUUGGGUUAGACAGGAGAGAACCAUCCGCACUCCUCUUAGAAGAUUAAGGAGUCGGGGCGUAUCCAAGGAAUCUCUCCACACGUGUCGACACUCUACGAAUCCCUCAUUUGGAAAUGGCUGGUUCUUUCAUCCCCGGCAUGGAUGGAACCAGCCAGAUCUCUCUGUGGGGCAUUUAUACAGCCCGGGCAAAGUGAUGCUCGGCGGCCAACUUGCUGCUGGCUUCCAGGUGCGAGAACCGCCUGGCGUGGCCUUGGUGGAGCCGCUUGCCUUUGCCCCACUCCUCCUCUGCCCUGUGUGGCCGUCACCGCGGGCGCGGUGUUUGUGCCCGAUACGGAUCAGCUGGCAAACGGCGCGCCGAAGGAAGGAAGGGAGGGAGCCCAGCUCCGUGCGCCGGAGUUGGCUUUAUGCAAACAGCACGCCCAGCCCUCCGAAGAAGCAGUAAAUGCCAAGAAAGUGAUGGGUCUAUUUAUUUUUCCCCUUGUCCUUUGUGAUCGAAAUAUUACGGCGAAGGGCCGGCAUUAAAAUAGAGGGCCGCGGGAUGGUUGAAAGACACCCUGCCGCUGGUGAACACCCCGCCGUGUAAAUAAUGGAUGUUUUGGUUUCCUAAACACUGGUUUGAAAAUGUCCUCGUCCUUUAUUUAUCCACCGCAGUUGAUUUGGACCAACAGUUGGGUCUCCCGAGUGCGUCUUCUGCUUGUUUCGGUGGGAAAAAAGGCCGACAACCCCUUUACGCUGUAAAUUUUCUGUUAAUAAAGAGCGUUGUUCUGUGUUCUGGGUUGAAUUUUA